CUUUUCUAUUUCUAAUCUAUCUACAAAUAAUUAUAUUACUAUUUCUUUUUUUUUAUAGUAAGUAAGUUCUCCACAGGUUAUUCACUGAAUCACUGUUACCUUACUGUCAAUUCACUGUCAAUUUACUAUCAAUUCACUGUUACUUCACUCUCUUCUUAUAUAUAUUACAUCUUUCUCUCUUCUCAUUCUCUCACUCUUUCUCUUCUCUACAUCACUCUCUUAAGUUGUUUCUGUCACUUCCUCCCUCCCUCUCUCUCAAUCUUUUACUAUCUCUCUCCUUUACACUUCUUCUUCACAACUAGACCGUCAUGGAGAAGGCUACCAGCAUCAAAAUGGCAGAAACGCCCGAAACGCCCGAAGAAACAGUCAUCCAUUGGUCGAGAGGUAACAAACACAGCUUAGAACCCUCCUCUGCAAGCAACAAUACAGCAGAGGUGACAGCGGCACAGGAGCUGGCCAAGAAAGGCAAAAGGGGACUGCUGGAGUUACUGAAACUCAAUUCCGAAGACGACUGGAGGGAGUGGUUAGUGUCAGACUUAGUCAAACCGUACUGGCUAGAACUUUGGGACUAUCUGGCGAAAAACCCGACUGCUAAGCAGAAGCGCGGAGCCGGGCUGGCCCGGAUCCAGGAGCUAAUAAUUAAAGGAGAAGCACGGGGCGUCGCGAAAUACAGCCGUCGCCAUGUCGAGAAAACCGGAUGGGAUCUUAACGAACACCUCGCAUACUUCGUCCAUAAUGUGAGAUCGGAAAACACGCACAGACGGGGGGGAGUGUUCUUUCAGAAGAACCUCCCUGAGAACAUCAUGGACACGGCAAUAUGGACUUUGAAGAACAUUCUCAUACAGAUGCAUAGCCCGUCGCAAAUAAAUAAGCCAAGUGGCGGAAAGGCGAUUUUCGGGGAGACCCUGCCAGAGUACAAAUCCAUCAAAGUGCACAACACUAGGGCGCAGCAAGCGGCCAAGGCAGGGGCUGAUUCCGCAGCUAAGAGCAAGGCGGACCCGAAGGAGGUACAAGAACCAGAGUCAGAUGGAGAAUCAUCGCUGUCAUCACUUGCAGACACAACCGAAGAUGAGUUCCCGGGUCCGUUGGGGGCACAGCAACCACGGACCCAAGUCUGGGAGCACGAGCCGUUGAGUGACCGACAAAGGCUGAUCCUCAAACGGCAGUCGGAGACCUUUGAUCUUAAAGAUCCGUUUUGGGCCUAUGCUCGCAUAGAAGCCGCCCUGCAGUUAUCAGGCCCUCAAACCAUAGCACAGGCAGAGGAGAUGGUCGCGACUGCUGAGAGUGCUGAAAGUGUGGAAACUGAUGAUGUCAGUGAUACCACACCAAGAAAACCCAAGCGCGUCAAGAAAGCAGUGGAUAUGAGGAAAAUGCUGGACAACCGCGUUUUCGAGUCAAGCGCAUACCAGACCGCAGAGAAUCUCCAGUGGUCGUUUGAUACCAGUACAGAUGCAAAUGAUCUGCUCAUCCAACCAACAUUGGAGGAUUAUGAGAGGAUCUCGAUGCAUGAAAAGUGGCUAGACGCCCAGGAGUACCAAUUCGAUAAUCACGAGGAGGCCUGCAGGAACCUGGGUAUUGUUGAUAAGGCGAACCCCCGAAUAAAGGGCAUGCAGCGCGGGCAAGAGCUGAAAUUUUGGCAGCCGGUCUGCAUCAAUCGUGUGGCUGAAAUCAUGAGACUCGAUUUGCUGCGUGGCGCCAUCAUUGCUGAUGUUGUCGGCGUUGCUGAGCAAGACAAGACAGAGCCUCCAGAGGGCCGUCCUGUGAUUAUUAUUGUCCCACCCCAUCUCAUCGACCAGUGGAUGGACGAGAUAAUGUCGAUAACUGAGGAAUUUCAGGUGUUGCUCUACUAUGGUGAUGCCCGCCGCCAGAUCUUCAAAGGCGGGCUCGAGAGUGCACGUACUAUUGUGGUAACCUCAUACCAGACAUGGGAGGCACGCCAUGGCCCCCAAGCAGUAAAAGCUUGGUGUGGCAGCAAGAAAAAGCCAUAUAACCCCGCCAAUCCGCACAUGCCCCAGACUUCCCUGGCAAUCUAA